AUGGACCUGAAGAACUCUUUUAAUCAGAUGAAAAUCCAUCCUGAUGACAGGCACAAGACAGCUUUCUGGACUCCACUAGGUCAGAUGGAAUGGCUUGGAGUACCAUUUGGACUGUCGAAUGGAACGUCUGCCCUAGCGCGAUGGCUCUACCUGAACGUGAUCGACCUUGAAGGUAUCGCUGUUUAUGUUGACGAUAUUGUCAUUCAUGCAGAUGAUGAAUCUACACUACUUAAGUACUUUGAAGCCAUGAUGAAACGUCUAUGUGAAAUUGGUGCCCAUGUCAAUGUCGGCAAAUGUAAGUUUGGCAUUGAAGAGAUUGAAUUCCUAGGCUUCAAUAUAAGGGCAGGGAAGUUAACUCCGCCUGUGGAAUCCAUCAAUGCUAUUAAUGCGAUCAAGGUUCCACAUGAUACUACUACCAUCCGAGUUUCAUACAAGGUUUUGCUGAAAUUGCAGGACCACUCUACGGACUACUUCAAAAAGAUCCUACUUUCAAGAUGA